AAGUUCAAAAAUGGGAAUUACUAAAGCAACCCAAAUCGUUUUCUCACUUUACUUCUUCUUUCUCUUUCUAAAAACUUUGCCCAUAGAUAUGGCCAUGGCACAGAACGCAACAAUUCCUGUAAAUGUGGGAGUGAUUCUUGAUAUGGAAACAAUGGAUGGGAAGAAGUGGCUAAGCUGUAUCUCAAUGGCCCUGUCAGACUUCUAUACCUCCAAUGUUCACUAUAGGACUCGGCUUGUUCUAAACCCCAGAGACUCCAAGAGUGAUGUUGUUGGUGCUGCUUCAGCGGCUCUAGACCUGCUGGAAAAUGUCCAAGUGCAAGCCAUUAUAGGACCGUCAACAUCCAUGCAGGCCGACUUUGUGAUUAAUCUCGGAGACAAAGCUCAAGUACCCAUUAUUUCAUUUUCGGCAACAAGGCCUUCUCUUUCUUCACCAUAUUUUGUUUGUGUUACGCAUAAUGACUCUACUCAAGUCAAAGCCAUUAGCGCAAUUGUGCAAGCAUUUGGAUGGAGGGAAGUCGUGCCAAUCUAUGUAGACAAUGAGUUUGGAGAAGGGAUUAUACCUUUUCUGACAUAUGCUUUGCAAGAGAUCGAUGCUAUUGUUCCCUACCGAAGCAUUAUUCCUGCUUCAGUCACAGAUGAUCAACUUGUUGCAGAACUUGAAAGGCUGAGGACAAUGCAAACCAGAGUAUUCAUUGUCCACAUGUCGUCGUCACUUGGUUCUCGGCUUUUUAUCAAAGCAAAAGAGCUAGGAAUGAUGACAGAGGGCUAUGCUUGGAUCAUAAGUAAUGCCUUGACUAAUGAACUACACUUUAUAAAUUCUUUAGUCAUUGAUUCUAUGCAAGGGGCAAUAGGAGUGAAAUCUAAUGUUCCAAGAACUAAAAAGCUUGAAGAUUUUACCAUUAGAUGGAAAAAGCAAUUUCUACGAGACAACCCAACUAUGUUUAACACAGAGUUGGGUGUUUUCGAAGUAGGGGCAUACGAUGCGGCUACUGCAUUAGCAAUUGCUGUUGAAAAGGUUGGAGAUAAAAAUCUUGGCUUCCAAAAGGCAAAUAGAUCAGUAAGAAAUUCAGCAAAUCUUGAAACUUUUGAAGUCUCUUCAAAUGGUCCAAUGCUUCUCCAAGCACUUCAAAAUACAAAAUUUAGGGGCCUCAAUGGAGAUGUCUACAUAGUUGAUGGACAACUGCAAUCAUCAGUUUUUCAGAUAAUUAAUGUAAUUGGCGAUGGAGGUCAAGGGAUUGGAUUUUGGACAUCAGAAAAAGGGAUUGUCAGGGAGCUAAACAUCAGAAAUACGGACAAGAAUUCCAUUUCAAAGGCUAACCUUGAAUCUAUUAUAUGGCCAGGCAAUAGGACAUGCCCUCCCAGGGGUUGGGAGAUUCCAACAAAUGGGAAGAAGUUGAGAAUAGGAGUUCCAGAGAAGGAUGAGUUUCAGAAAUUUGUAGUUGUAAACCGUAAUCAAGACACUAACAUGACGACAGUCAAAGGGUACUGCAUUGAUAUCUUUGACGCUGUAAUGGCAGCAUUACCCUAUAAGGUUCCUUAUGAAUAUGUUCCAUUUGAAAUUGCUGAUGGCAAUGGUGAUGGCACUUACAAUGACUUGGUCUAUCAUGUUCAUCUUGGGAAUUUUGGUGCGGUCGUAGGAGAUACGACUAUAACUGUAAACAGAUCACAAUAUGUGGACUUUACUCUACCAUACACAGAGUCCAAGGUUUCAAUGAUUGUGCCAGUCAAAGAUAAUAGGAGUAAAAAUGCCUGGGUGUUUUUGAAACCAUUGCCUUGGGACCUUUGGGUGACAAGCUUUUGUUCAUUUAUAUUUAUUGGUUUUGUGAUUUGGAUUCUCGAACAUCGAGUAAAUGAAGAUUUCAGGGGACCUCUUUCACACCAAGUUGGGACGAUGUUCUGGUUUUCCUUCUCAACCAUGGUUUUUUCACAUAGGGAGAAGGUGGUGAGCAACUUGUCUAGGUUUGUGGUGAUCAUCUGGUUAUUUGUGGUACUCAUACUGACCCAAAGUUACACAGCAAGUCUUGCAUCGAUGUUAACGGUUCAACAACUCCAACCUACAGUUACAGAUGUAAAUGAACUUAUAAGUAAAGGGGCGUAUGUCGGCUACCAACAUGGUUCUUUUGUUUUAGGGCUGCUAAAGCAAAUGGGCUUCCAUGAAAUAAACUUAAGCCAUUUCGUACUGCUGAAGAGUGCCAUGAACUUUUUUCCAAAGGGUGUCGAAAAGGUGGUAUUGCGGCUGCUUUCCAUGAAACCCUAUGGAUUAAGCUUUUCUUUUCACGAUACUGCUCAAAAUAUACCACGGCUGGACCAACAUACAAUACUGCUGGCUUCGGCUUUGUGUUCCCAAUAGGUUCCCCUCUAGUACCAGAUGUUUCAAGAGCAGUCCUAGAUGUGAACGAGGGAAAUAAGAUUAUAGAAAUUGAAGAAAAAUGGUUCGGGCAAGAAACUAGUUGUGCAGGCUCUACCACCUCCCUUUCUUCCAACAGACUGAGUCUUGAGAACUUCUGGGGCCUCUUCCUCGUUGUUGGAAUCAUUUCGGGUUUAGCUCUGAUCAUAUUUAUGACUACGUUCAUACAUGAGCAUUGGCACUCCGUGAGAAGCUUUGAUCCCCAGGCUUCAAUAUGGAAAACAGUUGUUAUGUUAACUAGACGCUUUGACCAGAAAGAUUUGAGCUCACAUAAUUUCUUCAGAAAAGAAGUCCAAGACAGAAGUGGCAGGGUUGGGAUGGAUAGAUUGGCUGCACCUAAAACUUCUCCCCUUUCUACUUGCCCAUCAAGUCCAUCUAUGUUUACACUCGAUUCCUCGCUGAAUACUAAUGCCCAGCCAAGUCCAGUAAGCUUUUCGCCUCAAUCAGAGCAGAGCUUCGUGAUUCUCAAAGAGCAAGGAACUCCUUCAUAUGAGUCUGGCGAUCCAAACCAACCUGAGCAAACAACUCAAGAGAUAAAUCCUGCCAAUGACCUUACUAUUCAAACCAUUGAGACUGACUCUGUCAUGUCAAAUAGACUUUCUCUAGUCCGAUGAUUGUGCCCUCCAGGGCAUAAUUCCGGAAGGGGAUGUAAUAUUUCUGCCACAGAUGAAGACCUUUAUGUUAAGGAAACUCCACAAAUUCUAGCUAUCAAAUAAUGUGACAUCUCACAAUUUUCUUUUCUUUUAUAUUCUUUUCUUAUACAUGCUCUCAUAUUAAGAAAUUCUUUUUAGUUGGUGGAGAGACAGUUGUAUCAUGUCUUCAAACUUAUGUAAAUAUUUGGAAGGCUUGGAAAAAAAAUAUUUAAUUCAUAACAUCUA